UUAUUGGAGAAGGGUGCGUAAGCCGAAAAUCGGAAAUCGGAGUGUUCAAUUUACAGGUUACAGACAGGGACAGGCCCUAGAGUUUUAGUGUUCAGUUCAGCGAUUGCAACAAAGUAACAAAUCGCGUAUAACCUCAAAAUGUCUCUAAUUCGAAAUUUUGCGAUUAGAUUACCCAAAUGUUCGGGUAUAUUAUCGAGAUUUAGUACGACAACCGCGGAAACUUCAGCAGUAGAAUCAAGUCAACCGAUAAAACCAAUUAUAUCAACGAAAAAUUACAUGAACGAGAAUCUUCUUUAUCAAAAACGCCGGGAAGUAUGGCUUGAAAAUUUGGAUACAGUAGACGAAAAGAAGCUAGGAUUAGUCACUUUGCAUCCCGAUGUAUUUGCUACAAAACCGCGAGUUGAUGUUUUAUGGCACAACAUACGAUGGCAAAGACUUUAUCAAUACGUCAAUUAUACCCAUGUUAAAACGCGAGCUGAAGUGCGAGGCGGUGGACGAAAGCCUUGGCCACAAAAGGGAUUAGGAAAAGCUCGUCACUCGAGUAUAAGAUCACCUCUGUGGCGCAAAGGUGGUAGAGCUCACGGACCUCGUUCUCCAACUACUUAUUUCUACAUGUUACCGUUUUACACUCGGGUUGCUGGUCUAACCUCUGCACUCUCUGUCAAACUGGCCCAAGAUGAUUUACAUAUUAUAAACGAUCUUGAAAUACCAAGCACUGAACGUUCUUAUCUCGAGGACCUGAUAGAACGGAGAAAUUGGGGACCAUCUGUACUCUUUGUUGACAGCGAAGACAAAAUGCCAAUGAACAUGACCAUCGCUUCGGACGAAAUUAAACAUGUUAAUCUCAUGCCUGUUUAUGGCCUCAACGUGUACAGUAUGCUGAAGCAUGACACACUGGUACUCACUGAGCGUGCUGCCCGUUUGAUAGAAGAUAAAAUCUUGUAUCACCUGAACAGGAUUGACGCCAAAAAAGCUACUCAAAGAUAUAAGCUUAAUCAACACUAAGAUUAAAUUCACGCAGAAAUACGAGGGUAUAAAAUGAUUGGUACAAAAGUUCGUGAAAAGGAACAUGAUUAUUCGGUGAAAAUAUUCAAGGAUCAUCGAAAAUGAAUGAAAAAGUUGAAGAAUGCUCUUAUAAUAAAAAGUUCUAUAUCAUACGUA